GUGCAGUGAAGUUUGAGUUGGAUUGACUCGAUGACAGGAUGAAAGGCAGAUUUAAUACCGUGGAUAUCAGAGCUGUGAUCGCCGAGCUCAAUGCCAACUAUGUGGGAAUGCGAGUGUACAAUGUCUACGACAUCGACACCAAGACCUACCUCAUUCGCCUCCAGAAGCCGGACAGCAAAGCGGUCUUGCUGAUAGAGUCUGGUAUACGGAUUCACUCCACAGAAUUCGAAUGGCCCAAAAAUGUCAUGCCGUCCGGUUUUGCCAUGAAAUGUCGCAAACACCUGAAAUCCAGGAGACUGGUGCAUGUCAAACAGCUGGGUGUGGACAGAAUAGUGGACCUUCAGUUCGGCUCAGAGGAAGCUGCUUACCACCUCAUCGUUGAGUUGUACGACAGGGGAAACAUAAUCCUGACGGAUCACGAGUUCACAAUUCUGAACCUGCUGCGCUUCCGCACUGCCGAAGCAGAGGACGUGAAGAUCGCGGUGAGAGAGAGAUACCCCAUAGAGAACGCCAGGCCUCCAGAACCCCUCAUCAGUCUCGAGAGGCUGGAAGAGAUUUUAGCUAAAGCUCAGAGUGGAGAGCAAAUCAAAAGAAUCCUGAAUCCUCACCUGCCAUAUGGAGGCACUCUUAUUGAACACUGCCUCAUGCAGGUCGGCCUGUCUGGUCUUUUAAAAAUGGACAGUCAUUUUACCCUGACUGAAGCUGGCCCAAAACUUCUGGAGGCUUUACAGCUGGCAGAGAGUUACAUGGAGGAAGCUGCAAACUUCACAGGAAAGGGUUACAUCGUUCAGAAAAUAGAAAAGAAGCCGAGCAUGAAUCCGGAACAGCCACACGAGGAGCUGCUCACGUAUGAAGAAUUUCACCCAUUUCUUUUCGCCCAGCAUUCGAAGAGCCCACAUGUCGAGUUUGCGUCUUUUGAUAAGGCCGUUGACGAGUUUUUCUCCAAGAUGGAGAGUCAGAAAAUUGACAUAAAGGCUUUGCAGCAGGAGAAACAAGCCCUUAAGAAGCUGGACAACGUGAGAAAGGACCACGAGCAGCGUUUGGAGGCGCUUCAUCAGGCUCAGGAGGUGGACCGCUUGAAGGGCGAGCUGGUGGAAAUGAAUCUCCCGAUCGUAGAGCGAGCUCUUCAGGUGGUGUGCAGCGCCCUGGCCAAUCAGGUGGACUGGGCCGAGAUCAACCUCAUCGUCAAAGAAGCUCAGGAGGCCGGAGACCCUGUGGCCUGUGCCAUCAAAGAGCUGAAACUACAAACCAACCACAUCACCAUGCUGCUCAAGAACCCGUAUGUAGGCUCAGAGGAAGCAGAGGAGGAGGAAGAGAUGAUAGAAGAUACUAAAGAGGGAUCAAAGCAGCCGAAGGGAAAAAAGAAUAAGAAUAAAGACAAAGGACAGAAAGGCAAAGUCCAGAGAAACAAACCCGUCCUGGUGGACGUGGACCUCAGUCUGUCUGCUUACGCCAACGCAAAAAAGUAUUAUGACCAUAAGCGAAGUGCUGCCAAGAAGGAGCAGAAAACAGUGGAAGCAGCUGAGAAGGCCUUCAAGUCUGCGGAGAAAAAGACCAAACAAACUCUCAAGGAAGUCCAGACAGUGACGACGAUUCAGAAGGCCAGAAAAGUCUACUGGUUUGAGAAGUUCCUGUGGUUCAUCAGCUCAGAGAAUUAUCUCAUCAUUGCCGGACGGGACCAACAACAGAACGAGAUGAUAGUGAAACGGUACUUGCGUCCAGGGGACAUUUAUGUCCAUGCUGACCUUCAUGGAGCCACAAGUUGUGUCAUCAAGAAUCCAUCUGGUGAGCCGGUUCCUCCACGUACGCUGACCGAGGCCGGGACGAUGGCUGCGUGUUACAGCGCUGCAUGGGACGCCAAAGUGAUCACCAGUGCUUGGUGGGUCCAUCAUAACCAGGUUUCCAAGACUGCUCCGACAGGAGAGUACUUAACUACAGGAAGCUUCAUGAUCAGAGGAAAGAAAAACUUCUUACCACCAUCAUAUCUCAUUAUGGGCUUUGGAUUUCUCUUUAAGGUGGAUGAGCAGAGUGUGUUUAGACACCGGGGAGAGAGGAAGGUCAAAACUCUGGACGAGGACGUUGACGAUGUGACCUCCAGUACUGCCGAGCUGCUCGAGGAAGGAGAAGAGCUGAUAGGUGAAGACAGCGGGAACGAAGGAAAGGCUGAAGGAGAAGACGUACCUGAGGAGGACUGCAGGAUGGAGGAAGAUGAGGAAGACGAAGAGAACGUGGAAGCUGAGGAGAAGCUGAGUGAUGGACAGCCUGAGUCUGUAAAGCAGGAGGAGGAAGAGGAUGAGGAUGAGGAGGGCGUACAGGAGGAAGAGAAGAGUGAGGAAGAGGAGAAUGCAGAGAGUUGCUUUCCGGACACCAACAUCUCGCUCACACACCUUCAGGUUAACAGGGGAGUCUCCGGUGCUGGUUUCAAGCAGGACGUCUCCAAACAGGACAACACGGCACCACAGGGCAAGAAGUACAUCAGCGCCAAGCAGAGAAGGGAAAUGAAGAAGAGGCAGAGACUGGAUAGCAAUGAGCAACAGGAAGAACCUGAGCCUAAAAAAGAGGAGAACCAAGCUUCCUCAGUGACCAAUCAGAGCUCCAAGAACGCUGGGAGCACUCAGCCGCUGAAGAGAGGACAGAAGAACAAGCUGAAGAAAAUCAAGGACAAGUACAAAGACCAGGACGAGGAGGACCGAGAGCUGAUGAUGAAGCUGCUUGGUUCGGCAGGUUCUAAUAAGGAAGAGAAAGGUAAGAAGGGGAAGAAGGGUAAAGAGGAGAUGGUGAAGCGGGUUCCUCCUAAACCUGCCCAGAAACCUAAAGCUGCUGCCAACGUGGUGAAGAAAGCCGACCAGCCUGGAGCAGAAGGAAGUCCAGCAGGAGAAGACCACGCCGAACAGGACGACAAGGAGGCAGAGGAUCUGGAUCAGGAGAACCCUGGAGCAGAGGAAGGUGAAAACUUUCUUGACUCUCUGACCGGCCAGCCUCAUCCAGACGAUGUGCUGAUGUUUGCGGUGCCAGUGUGUGCCCCAUACACCGCCCUCUCAAACUACAAGCACAAAGUGAAAUUAACUCCAGGAACCCAGAAGAAGGGAAAAGCUGCCCGGACCGCUGUGUUCAGCUUCAUGCGUGCCAGGGAAACCAGCGCCCGAGAGAAAGAUCUUUUCCGCAGCGUUAAGGACACGGAUCUGUCAAGAAAUGUGCCUGGCAAGGUGAAAGUAUCUGCCCCCAACCUUUUGGCUGCAAAGAAGAAGUAAAAUUUUGGACUGAUUGUGUAAACGAUUGUAUUUUAGAACCACGUUAGAUCGAUUUCUGUUCCGUUUGUAUAUAUAUAUAUCACGUCGGAUUAAAAAAAGGAUCUCAGUUCAUUUUAUAUUAAUGAUUUAUUUGCCACAAAAAUACAUCCUUCUGCUACGUCUAUUCAGCAACUUGAAAAGCGCAAAACAAAUUCUGUAAGAAUAAAAAGAGAGAAAAAAUACACUGAUCGAAGAUAAUCAACACAAUAAAGAAGUGGUUACAUUCCAAAAUGGUAUGUCGCCAUUCAAA